GGAGGAGGAGAGUUCGGGAAUGUUAAAUUUCUAUCACGUCAAAAUUAAUUCUUGACUUGUUUGACCUUAUACAUAUCAUAUAGAUUGAACCCAUUUAUUAGUAAUUAUCCAUACUAUCUUCACUUCUUCAUAGAUAUCAUAUUAUAUCAUAUCAUAGAAUAACCAUAAUAUAUUCAUAAACACUGUUUAUUCAUCUAUCUAUCAAUCUCCCAUACCCAAUCAAAUCACAUACAUCAUGGCUUCAUCUGCUCAACAUACUUCAAGAUUUGCAAGAUUUUUAAAUUCUGAAACUGGUCCAAGAACCGUUCAUUUCUGGGCUCCUGUUUUAAAAUGGUCAUUAGUGGUUGCAGGUUUCAAUGAUUUACAAAGACCAGUUGAAAAAUUAAGUGGUACUCAACAAUUAGCUUUAUUUGCUACUGGUGCUAUAUGGACAAGAUGGGCAGGAUUUGUUAUACAACCAAGAAAUGGGUUAUUGGCUAGUGUUAAUUUCUUCUUAGGUGGGGUUGCAGGUUAUCAAUUAUAUAGAAUUAUUGAUUAUAGAAAAGCUUUAGGUGAUUCAAAUAGUCAAGUGUUUAGUUAUAUCUUACAUGGUGAUGGAUCAGAUGCUGCUAAUGCUGCUUUAGCUGCAAAUCCUCCAAGAGUUGAACAAGUAUCUGAACAUUAGUAUUUGUAUGUAUGUAUUUAUAUGAUAUAUGUUUAAUAGUACAAGUUUUUUAGAUUAAAAGUUCAUCACCAUCGGAAUCUAUAUCGGAUGGUUUGGUAGAUGAUAUUUGUGAUGGAGCAAGUGUAUCUU